CGAUCAGAGACUAAAGAUACUUUCAUUCGUGGAUACUUUUCUACCACGAGCUGUCCACCGCUCAUCUCGAAAGAGACAACAGCGUACUGAAGGCCUCCAGUAAGAUACUUUUCUACCACUGUUGUGGCUGCCGGCAGCUCAACUUGAAAAAGCCAACAGGGAGUACGAGUGUAUUGGAACAUUGGAACCCUCCAGAAGGACCCACAGCCAGCAGACGAGUUCGAAACGCCCUCUCAGCUUGCUACCGGUACCGGUAGCUGGUUCGUAGUUGAGGGCAACUUUACUGAUAAAGAUGGAAUCAAUGGACAUAGACACUUACAAAGAUGAGGAUGAAGAAGAACCCAAUGAUAAUCAUGACAUUAACAUGGUAGAAUCCAAGCAAGAAGCCAUGAUCCUUCGGGUCUGCGGGAUCCCAUUUCGCAAGGUUGCGUUUGUGUGUCUUUUACUAGUCAUUGUUCUGGUUUUGCUAUUGCUGGUCACUUUACAAAUCCAAAAACCUGAUACUAGUAGUACUACUUCAACGACACCAACAACAACAGACACCCCACACACUACUAGUACAAGUACUCAUGUUCCUGCUACCCCUGGUCCAGCCAGUGCUGCUACCCCAGUCCCUGUUACCCCUGCUCCUACAUCUGCCACCCCUGCCACAACCACAACAAGUUCAUCCUCAUCCUCUGGAACCACAGUGGAGAUUUUGGGUACAAGCUAUGAGAUUGCCACCACCUUGGUCAUUCGUGGAGGCUACACGGGCCAAAGCACAUCGAUUCCAACCCAAAUUGGAUUGCUCACUGCACUGACAGAACUAAAAUUGGCAGACAUUGAAAUGGUGGGACCCAUUCCAUCCCAAAUUGGUUUGUUGACACAGUUGAUUUCGUUGGAAAUGUAUAAAAACCAAUUAUCUGGAAGCAUUCCUACCGAAAUUGGAUCCUUGACUACCAUCAAAACCUUGAUCUUAAACAACAACCAAAUAUCCAAGUCCAUCCCAUCCCAAAUUGGAUUGCUGACAGAAAUGAAAAAACUUAACAUUGGUCACAACCAGUUAUCCAACCACCUCCCUACGGAAAUUGGAUUACUCACCAACUUGAGAGAAUUGUAUUUGAGCACGAAUCACCUAUCCAGCAGCCUUCCCUCCUCGGUGAUUGGAUCCCUCACUUCCAUUCAUCGCAUCUUCUUGGAUGAAAACCAAUUUUCCGGCAGUAUUCCUUCGGAGAUUGGAUUGCUGACACAUGUGUCGGAUUUACACUUGGAAUACAACAAAUUGACCAAUAGUAUUCCUUCGGAGAUUGGAGCAUUGGUCCAUUUGAAUGCGUUGAGCUUGCAUAAAAACACACUCACAAACAGCAUUCCCUCGGAAAUUGGAUUGUUAAAACAAGCCAAAAUUGUGAACCUGCAAGACAACCAGUUAUCCAACCGUGUGCCUUCCGAGAUUGGACUGAUUACCACAGUUGAAGCGUUGGUUUUGUACCACAACAAGCUUUCAGGCAGUGUACCCAGUGAUUUUUGUUCCAACAAUCCACGGCUCAGCAAAGUUCUAGUUGAUUGUGAUCCAGCUCCAUUUCCUGUGGAAUGCACUUGCGACAAAUGUCACUGUGCAUAGAACAUGCAAGAAUGCAAGACUUUUUCUUCUUAUUCUGCUCGAAACCACGCUUUUCCCAUGUUGUGGCGAGCGCUAGGUUUGGAGGUUGAAUAACAUACGGUACAUAAGAUGCUUGUUGUACUACAACGUGCAACAGCCAUUAUUUGCACGUUGUCAAACCAAUCAGUAUUCUAGUCCUUUCCACGGUCC